CAGCUUCCUUUCUACACCUCUAGAACUUGAGUACCCAAUUCUGCAGUUCGAAAUUUCUCAUUGCUAAGGCUUGCGUUUCAGGUUGUUGAUUCAAUAUGUUUCGGAAUAAUUAUGACAACGACUCCGUCACAUUUUCUCCGCAAGGGAGAAUAUUUCAGGUCGAAUAUGCACAAGAAGCCGUCAAGCAAGGUUCGGUGGUGGUUGGAAUUGUCAGCAAAACACAUGCAGUAUUAGCCGCGCUCAAGAGAAACGCAGAAGAACUCUCUUCUUACCAAAAGAAGGUCAUCGCAAUCGACUCGCACAUGGGUAUUGCCAUUGCCGGCUUAGCGUCAGACGCUCGUGUCCUCUCCAAUUUCAUGAAACAACAAUCUCUCUCCUCAAAGAUGACAUACGGCCGCCCCAUCCCUGUAGAACGCAUUGUUAGUCGGAUUGGUGACCGUGCUCAGACAAAUACACAGCAUUACGGGAGGAGACCCUAUGGCGUGGGACUGCUGGUCGCGGGGGUUGACGACGCUGGGCCUCACUUGUUUGAAUUCCAGCCCUCUGGCAUGACACAGGAGAUGCUUGCCUGCGCGAUUGGGGCAAGAAGCCAAAUGGCACGCACAUAUCUAGAAAAGCAUUUGGAUGAAUUUGCAAAUUGUGGACGGGACGAAUUAAUCAAUCACGCUCUGAAGGCAUUGAAAGAGAGUUUGUCCCAGGAUAAGGAGUUGACGAUUGAUAAUACCACAGUGGGGGUCACGGGUAUUGGCACAGAGGCAACAAGGGGGAAGAUGGAUACCUUCAAGGUGUACGAUGGCCAGGACGUCACAGCUUUCUUGGAGGCGAGCACGGGCGAAGCCGUCACCUCCACCACAGAACCUCAGGGAGGAGAAUCGAUGGAAGUGGACUCCUGAUAAUGUCCUUUGAUAGACAUUGUGUUUGCUAACUUAUCCUUGUUUUGCCUUGGUUCGGUGUUUAGCUACGGGUAAUGAGAUGGAUUUGCCAAUACCCAUGUCUCAUGUCAGUUUGCUCAUCUCAUAAAGCCUCAAAUGAUUGAUUUGCUCAUUCUUUGGAGCAUUCUGUUAGCUAAUUGCUAUGCAACUGACAAUGAAUCACUUCCAAUUCUCAUUGUAUCGAGUAUUAUUGUCACCAUAAAAACCCAUAGCUCAUUACCACAUCACUAUGGUUUACAGUCUUCCCUUGUUCCCUCCCACUCCAGCCGGUACCGCCCUUCACUAAGUUUAUAUUUCAUCAGGGCAUCCAAGACAUGCUCCGCAUCCUUGCAUUCCACUAUGAUCUUACUGUUCGCCUCACUCACAAAUUCAGCCUGCACAGACUUGCUAAUCCAACUCAUGAUUCCAUCCCAAUAUCCGUCUAUAUUCAGCAGGACAAUGCCCCGGUGAUGAAUGCCCAAUUGAUUCCAUGUAAUCAUCUCCAUAGCCUCUUCCAAAGUCCCAAACCCACCCGGGAGCACGACAAAUCCCGACCCAGGUCCUCCAGCAAUCACUCUCUUGGCCAUCUCUUGUUUACGCGUAUGCAUGUCCGGAACAAUGGUAGUGACGCCGUAUUCAGAGUUGAUUUUCUCUAGGGAAGAAGACUGAGGAACAAUGCGCUCAGGUGCCUUGCCGAUAGCUUCCGAACUUCCGUCGCGUUGCGAACGAGCUGCCGAAUCGGCUUUGUACCCGUUCUCGACUCCAACCAGUGCUGAUGGAAUUACUCCUUGAACUGAUUCCGGACCGGAGAGGGAUACCAGCGUCCGAGCUAAUUCGCCCAUGAUACCGGCCGUCCCGCCGCCAUAUACCAAAGUUAUGUUUUCUUUAUGAAAGACAUGGGCAAGAGCGCGUGCGGCUGCGAGAUAUGCUGGGUUUGCUCCGGGCUUAGAGC